GCCUAUUGGUCCAAGCGGAAGCGCCUGCGGGACGAAACAGGAUUCGACCGGUGCCCGUGGAAGGGGAGGCGAUGCACUGACAUGGCACUGGGGGGCAUAUCCAAGAUCGUGGGCAAUAUUAGGUCAGCGUCUUCAGAUAAGUACAACGAGCUGUUGAACGUGGCCUCCAGGGCAGUGCGAGCCGAGAUGGUGGAGACCAUGGCACAUCUCAAGUCUUCCCUGUGCGAGAUCGUGGCACUCAAGCUGCGCUUCUAUCAGUGUCUCCCAUACGCAAUUGCAGCGCUGGAUGGCGCGAGGUGGGGGGGGAAAGAGCAAGCCAGAGCGAAGGCCCACGAGAUCUACGCCGAGAUCACGAG